AUGUUCACGUCAAAAUACUUACUAAUACUUGCCAUCCGGAUUGCCAUGGGAUUCGUCGGAGAUGAUUUAACGGGCAAUUGGCUCAGCGUAUAUGGCAGUGCAACUGAGGUGAUGCAUAUUGCGGAGACGACCUGCUCGAAAUAUGACAAGAUGGCGAAUACGGAAAAAAUAUCCGGAUACAAGAACUUCACUUGCGUUGUAAACGGUCCGCACAGAGAAUACAUGGAAACAGAAUUUAUCUUACGUUUCGAGUCGGAUGAAGCGGACACCAUCAGGUUAACAAAAGAUGAUUUGGAAAUGGGGAACACAGGAACUGGUUACGACCUUACUAACAUACAAAUCACUGUCCUAACUGCUGUAACUUAA